AUGUCAUUGGCUCAUCGUUUUGUUAAACUGUUCUCUACGCAGGGAUCCAAAAUUUCUGAUAAAUCACAUAACCAAGAGACAACAGAUUUGCACAAGUGUAUUUCCAGUAUCCGCCAUCGCACACCUGAUCAGGAAAAGGCUAAUCUUUGUAUUCUUGUUACUGGAGCACUUGGUGGAAGGUUUGAUCAUGAGGCUGCAAAUAUCAAUGUUCUCUAUGUGUUCUCGGACAUGCGAAUUGUCCUUCUGUCAGAUGAUUGCUUGAUCCAACUUCUUCCCAAAACGCAUCACCAUGAGAUAUAUAUUGAGUCGUCUGUAGAAGGACCGCAUUGUGGAAUUUUUCCUAUUGGAGCACCAUCUACAAGCACUACAACCACUGGCCUCAAGUGGAACCUGAGUGAUGCAGAGAUGAGAUUUGGGAGCAUGAUAAGCACAUCCAACAUCGUGGAUUCAGAUAAAGUAACUGUGCAGUCAGAUGCGGAUCUUCUGUGGACAAUUUCUCUUCGAAAUCUGACCUGA